GGGUGGGAGGUCAGCUGGGGGAGUUCCUUGCAGAGGGAACAGCAAGUGCAAAGGCCAUGAAGAGGGAACAAGUUUGGCUUAAUACAAUAGAAGAUUCUAGAAGGAAUUGAUUGUGGGGAUUUGGCCGUGGAGGACUUGUGGGUGGCAUUCUAGCUGGCCUUAGAGGGUGGGCAGGGGGUUGACAGUUUGGAUGGGGAAAGGGCAUUCCCAGCAGAAAGAACGGCCCCAGCAAAGGGCUGGGUGGUUCUUUUGGAUCCCUUCUGUGCUGGGAGUAGACAAACCGUCCAGCAGCCCUGGGCCACCCUGGAACCCAAAGUCCGGCGACUCGGAAAGAAGCUGUCCCGAAAGUAGGGGAGAGGUCAAGGCAGAGCUGAGGCAUCCCAGACUUUGGCCUUUGCCCACUGCCAGCUGGAAAAGCACAAAACACCGAUAAUGGUCUCUCCUCCCCCUCCCCAGUCCGUCCAAUGUCACUGGCCCUUAACCCUGUCCAUUCGCCCUGCUCACCAAUCAGCACCUGGAGGUGGGCUGGGAGUUCUGGGGGGACUAUUUCAGCAUCCUUAAGGGUGGGGACAGAGCCACAGAGAGGAGUGAGCUGGCCCUGCAGCGCUGGUUGUGGGGUGGGUGCCACCUCCAAGCAGAGACCUGGGAAGUGGCUGGUGGAAGAGCUGGGCUCAUGAAUGGGGAUUUAGCAGCUUCUGGAAAGAUGGCUUCCCCCACCUGUCCCACGGGUCCCAUGGACAGCCUGGAGCUCCUGGAUCUCCUUUUCGACCAGCAGGACGGCAUCCUGAGACACGUAGAGUUGGGCGAGAACUGGGACCACCCUGAGGACCAGCAGGUCCGGCUGGACCCCGACCCCAGUGACUUCAUCACCUCCAUCCUGGGCUCUGGAGACUCGGUGCCCAGCUCCCCGCUCUGGUCCCCUGCGGCCAGUGACAGUGGUAUCUCCGAAGACUUGCCCUCUGACCCCCAAGACACCCCUCCACGAAAUGGACCUCCCAACACCCCUGUUGGCUGCCACCCCACUGAGCCUGGCAAGGGGCUGUGCCCCUCCUAUCAUCCUGGCUACCCCUGCCCCUCCAGGCCCCUGGGGCCAGUGACACCAGUGCCCGAGGCCUCCGUGGCCAUAGACCUGGACAUGUGGAGCCCACAAGGAUGCCUCUAUCCUGAGGAGAGGACGGAGCUGUCAGACUCACUCCCACGCUACAACCUCACCGUGAAGGAGCUCCUCCUCUCUGGCAAUAGCGGGGACCUGCAACAACAUCAUCUGGCAGCCCCCCACCUGCUGCGACCUGGAGCUGGGCACUGCCAGGAGCUGGUGUUGACAGAAGAUGAGAAGAAGCUGCUUGCCAAAGAAGGCAUCACCCUGCCCACUCAGCUGCCCCUCACCAAAUAUGAAGAGCGAGUGCUGAAAAAAAUCCGCCGGAAAAUCCGGAACAAACAGUCGGCCCAAGAAAGCAGGAAGAAAAAGAAGGAAUAUAUUGAUGGUCUGGAGACUCGAAUGUCUGCCUACACCGCCCAGAACCAGGAGCUGCAGAGGAAGGUCUUACAUCUCGAGAAGCAGAACCUGUCCCUCUUGGAGCAGCUGAAGAAACUCCAAGCCCUCGUGGUCCAGUCCACUAGCAAGUCUGCCCAGACGGGCACCUGCAUAGCGGUGCUGCUGCUCUCCUUCGCCCUCAUCGUCCUCCCCUCCAUCAGCCCUUUCGCCACCAGCAAAGCAGAGAGCCCUGGGGACUUCGCGCCUGUGCGUGUCUUCUCCAGAACACUGCAGAAUGACGCUGCCUCCCGCGUGGCUCCCAACGCUGUGCCAGGCUCCGAGAACCCAGGACCCCAGCCCGAGGCUGGCGCACACCGAGAAGGGUCUCCAGGCAGCCCCGGGGCAGACUGGGGCUCCAGGGACACGCCAGAGCUGGAUAACUCAACGCUGCUGCCAGGCAACUCUACUUUGGCCCUGGACAACUCCACCCUGGUGCUGGGCAACUCGGAGGAGGUGCUGGGCCCGGCCGCCCUGCUGGACUGGGCCACACCUGAAACAGGGCCCAGGCCCGGGCGUGUGGGGCUGGAGGCGGCAGGGGAGGAGCUGUGA